GCAUGAUGGAUGCAAUGCAACUACUAAUAAUUUGGUGGACUGUAUUUAUUUGCAUCUAUGGAGAAGAUGAAGGUUCUUCAUGUGAUGUUACAUUCACAGUGCGAAGAGGUACGACGAAACGUGCUAUACCUGGACAAAGUUUGACAGUCAGUUGUCCCGUCAAACACUGUGGAAAUGUACUAAAUAUCACAUGGUGGAAACUCUCUAAUACAAGCAGCUAUAAGAUCAUUCCAAACACGGAGAAUAUAACCAUCAGACAGGAAUAUCACAAAGAUGAUCUUAUCUCCUAUUUGAGUUUUAACCAGGUUACCAUUAUUGAUGACGGCCUGUACCGAUGUGCUUUAGAACACAGAGAUGAAAGUGUCAGCCAUGCCAUCAACAUCUCUAUUUCAGACCGAAACAUAGGAGUAAAAGACCCAGAAGAUGUUGUUGUUGGUUCAAAGACUCGUGGUGAUAAUGGACCCUGGCUGCCCUACUUCAUGAUCUGCAUUAGCAUUGUGCUCCUGGUGAUCACAGCAAUAAUGUUAACCACUGUGUGCUGUUAUAGCUGGAGAGGAACAUGGACCUACAACAGCAAAAAGGGAGAGCAGGAAAUAUCUACACAUAAGAUACCGGAACUUCUCAAGACGGGGGUCUGUUUUUCUCCCAUCCUGCGACCUCAGAUGUCAGCCCUGAACGACAGCAAAGCAGAAAGAACAACUUCAACAUCGACUUCUCUCACUCAUGUCGGGAACAAGCCGGCCACAGAAAACUCAGCAGCUGAAUUUAAACUGUCUAACAGUGUAGUGUAUGCUGUCAUCAACAGCAAAACUGGACACCAGCCAAUCUAG